UAGCUUUUAGUUGCAGUUACGUUGAUGAUACGCACACGGAAAGUUCUCUGAAUUUCUAAAUUAAAAGCACUUGGUAGAAACAGUCGAAGCGCAUAGAAAUGAAUAGUUGAUUACGUAUUUGAUAAGUAUAUUGACAACGUUAUUUUAAAUUAUUAACCAAAAUGUCUGAUUUUCGAGACUGGAUAAAUUCAUUGCCUAUUUUUACGAGAUAUUGGUUACUCUCGACUAUUGGCCUAUCACUUAUUGGAAGGUUUGGAAUUAUUUCUCCGGAAUGGUUGAUUUUACACUAUGACAGUUUAAUUCAUAAAUUUGAAAUUUGGAGAACCAUAACAAGUUUGCUCUGGUACCCGUUGACUCAAGGCACUGGAUUUCAUUUCAUGAUAAACUGCUUUUUUCUUUAUCGGUAUUCACUGAAACUCGAACAAGAGGAAUUUAUUGGACGUCCUGCUGAUUAUUUUUUCAUGCUUAUCUUCAACUGGAUGUGUUGCGUUGUGAUUGGCUUGAUUUUAAAUGUUCCUUUGCUGAUGGAUCCAAUGGUGAUCAGUGUUUUGUAUAUUUGGUGUCAACUUAACCAGGAUGUCAUCGUCAGCUUUUGGUUUGGCACGAAGUUCAAAGCCAUGUACUUACCUUGGGUUUUAUGUGCAUUCAACUUGAUACUGUCCGGAAAUGGCGUAUUGGAGCUCAUAGGAAUUUUAGUAGGAAACCUCUACUUCUUUUUGAAGUUCAAAUACCCCCAAGAGUACGAUGGUCCUGAAUUAUUAAGAACACCGAAAUUUUUAGAAUACUAUUUCCCGGUACAGAGGACAAAUAUAGGGGGAUUUUCUCGUGCAAAUGUAGAAAGUCGAACUCAACCACAGUUCGGUUCAAAUAUAUUCGGUGGUCAUAAUUGGGGUCGAGGUCAGGUGUUGGGUCAGUAAUUAAAAAUUGUGAAUAAUUAGUUGUAAUCAAAGAAAAUUUUCUAUGUUUAUAUGAUAUUUUACGUAUCAAAUUUAAUUCCAUAUGAUAGAGUUUCGAAGCAGUAUUUUGUAACUUCUAUCGUUCAAAACAGGAUUUUUUCAUGUUUUGCUGUAUCGCUGUCUAUAAAUAAAUUAUUAUUCAUUAUUGUUAAAUAUCAAAAAAUAAUAAAAUAGAAUACAACUAAAUGGAGAAAUGGAAAAUUACUAAAUCGAACGAUCGGUUGUGUAUUUUUGAAUACUUUUCAGAUUCGAAAUUUGUUAUCUUUUUUUAGCCUGGAUCAGAUUUUAAUCCAUUUUUUUAUAAGAACGAUUACUGCUAUGAAUGUUUUUACUGUCCAGGUUUCAUUUUGUUAACUCUGAUUAAAAACUCCGAUUGAAUCCGAUUGGAAAAUUCUAAUCGGAAAGUUCCAAACAAAUCCGAUUGAAAGUUAAUCAGAAAUCGGAAAGUUCAUCGGCAAAAAAAUUAUUAUGUUCUGGUUGAUUCUAAUUAAAAAAUUUCUAUUGGAUUUAAUCGGAUUCAAUUGAAAAAUAAUCGAAAAAAAAUUUAUUAUUUUCUGAUUAAAUCUGAUUGAAAUUUAAUUGGAUAUUUGGAACACUCCCGAGCAAUUCUGAUUGAAUUUUUGUUUCCGAUUGAGUUUCAAUCGGAUUUAAUCGGAGUUUUUAAUCAGGGAAGAUAUCUACAGACCCCUGGUGUGUCUAGUCAUCGAUUAUUAUGACUUAUUUAAUUUCGCGAUCUUAAAUGUUAUCCGCUCAUCGCGAAUUUCAUAUGCAAAUGAUUUACUGAGUAUAAGUUACUGGAUAUUACGUAUAUAUUAACAAUAUAGUUAAGUUUACGUAACAUUAUUUUCAGUUAUAAGUAACAUUUAUUUAAUAUAUAUUUCUUUAUUCAUUUGGCAAUAGAAUAUGCAUUUGUUCAUAUGUAUUCAUAUAUUUCUUGUUAAAUUAGAACAAGGACAUGUUCAUAAUUUUAACUUAAGAUUUGGGUAUCGGGUGACAAGAAACGUUCCAAGACCACACGAUCUGUAAUUAUAUUUCUCUGAAUUUAAUAUAAUUCAUUUAUCUGUUAAUUUUCAUUUGUUUUUUUGAAUGUAAAUAAAUUGAUAAGAAUGGAC